AUGACCCAAAUGGAUGCCUCACCAAAGAGAACACAAGGAGAUGAAGAACCCAGGAAAAGAGCACCAGAAAACUGCAAAUUCAAACUCCCAGCUGUGCUGAAGUCUGCUGCAGGAGCCCACAUCUGGAAGACCAACAGCAAAGGAAGUCUUGAUAUCGUCACUAUCUCACCACAGCACAGACAAGACCUUGUCAGUCCACAGAGGAGCCUUGACAGAUACCAUCCCAUGGGGGAGAUCUAUCAGUGCAUGAGCCAGGUCAGCGAGAAGGCUGCAGGAGUGCUGACACAGCAUUUCCUGGGAAUGACCUAUGAGACCUGGCCCUUGUACUACCUGAAGAUCAGCUUAUCAUUCAGCAAUCCCAAGAUUAUUUGGAUGGACUGUGAAAUUCAGGCCAGAGAAUGGAUUGCUCCUGCUUUUUGCCAGUGGUUCUGAAAGAAGAUUCUACUCAGUGAUAAAGACAAUGCGAAGAUCAGCAGGCUCCUUAGGGAACUAGACUUAUUUGUGCUUCCAGUUUUGAACACCAAUGGUUAUAAACACUUGGACAACAGCAUGGACACUGCCUGUGGCCCAGGGUUAUUUAUGUUCAUGAGUAGUUAUAGUGGCACAUGCUUUGGAACAGAUUUCUAUUGGAAUUUCAGUGUCUCCUGGAUUGCCAAGUACCUGCUCACAGACAAACUGAUCACCAACAACAACAGCAAAAAAGGUAUCUGCACAUCCAUAAACUGCCAAGAUGUAACAUUCUGUGGGACGGAACCGAUGUCAGAACCAGAGACUAACUCUGUCUCAAGACUUAUAGAAAGCAAGGAAAAAAAAGACAACCUGUGCUUCCUGACCAUGUGCUCCUACGGGCAGCUCAUUCUCACACCAUAUGGCUACCCCAAAAAUAAACCAAGUCACUACAAGGAACUAAUUCAAGUUGGACAGAAGGCAGCAAGCGCCCUGAAAGCAAAGCAUGGAACCAAUUACAGAGUUGGAUCAAGUGCAGAUAUUUUAUAUGCGUCAGGAUCCUCAAAAAGCUGGGAUGGAGACAUUGGGAUGCCCUUCUUGUACACAUUUGAGCUAAUGGACAAUGCUACUCAUGGCUUUGCUCUGAUCUAG